AUGCGGCCGUCAGCAACAGCACUCGCACUGUCCUUGUUUUGCGUGCAUGGCUAUGCGUUCCAACUUCCCUUCACCAUCCCCUUCCUGUCCAAUACACCCCAGAACCCCCUGUCGACCGCAUUCCUCCCCGUAGCAGCGCCUCCGAACAAGGUCGCCAUCAUUGGUGCAGGCGCAGGGGGUUCCUCUGCGGCGUUCUGGAUAGCGAAGGCGAAGGAACGAUUUGGGCUGGACGUGGAGGUAGACGUCUUUGAGAGAAAUGAUUACAUUGGCGGUCGUGCCACGGUUGUGUACCCUUACAACGAUACCGAGCUCGAGCCCAUCGAGCUUGGUGCCUCCAUCUUUGUGCGGAUCAACAAGAACCUUUGGCGUGCGACGGAGGAAUUUGGUCUCGAGAGGAUCAGCUUUGGCGACGACGGCGAUGUGAUGGGGCUCUGGGACGGGAAAGAUGUCAUCCUUACUGUGUGUACAACGGGCGGUGGCUAUGGCGGCUGGUGGGACACACUCAAAAUCAUCUGGCGGUACGGCCUGCAAGCACCCCGACGCACUGAGGCACUGGUGAAGACCAUGGCAGACAAGUUCCUGUAUCUCUAUGGGUCGUCCGCACCGCGCUUCGACAACCUGACUGGAUUGGCGGACACGCUGGACUGGACGCCAGUGAUCGCACAGACCGCGGCCGAGUACCUUGAGGCUCAGGGCGUCGACCGCCGAUUCACGCAUGAGCUCGUGGACGCGGCGACGCGAGUGAACUACGGGCAGAAUGUCGACUCGAUCCAUGCGCUCGAGGGCCUGUGCUCGCUCGCUGCGACGGACGCGUCAAGCGUCAAGGGGGGCAACUUCCGCAUCUUCGAGGAGUUCCUGCGGCGGAGCAACGCGUCGGUGCACCUGAACACGAACGUGCUCUCGCUGUCGCAUGAUGAAGCCAGUGGUGCAUGGCUGCUGAGCACGUCCAUGACGCGCAGCGCGCUUGCCUACCGUGCCGUCAUCGUCGCGGCACCGCUGCACAGCAGCUCGCUGGCGCUGGCGCCGGAGACGCUCCUCGCACCUGUCCCCGAGCAGCCGUACGUGCACCUGCAUGUCACGCUGUUGAGCACGCCUAGUCCCACGCCGAAUGCGACAUACUUCGGGCUGGGCGCGGGGAAGGCACCGACGGAGAUGCUGACGACGUACCAGGGCGUGCGCCAGGGCACGACGGAGGAGCCCGAGUUCAACUCCAUGACAUACCACGGGAAGGUGCAGAGAGCGACCGGCGAGAAUUGGGAGGGCGCCGACGGGGAUGAGUGGGUAGUCAAGAUCUUCUCGAAGAAGAGAAUAUCAGACGAAUGGUUGGCGAACAUGUUCGGCAAGGUGGGGUGGGUGUUGCGCAAGGAGUGGGACGCGUACCCGGUCCUUCCGCCCACCACGUCCUUCCCCCCUGUGAAGCUGGCUAAAGGCCUGUACUAUGUGAAUGCAUUUGAGCCAUUCAUCUCGACGAUGGAGACAGAGACGAUUUCAGCGCGCAAUAUUGUUGAUUUGCUUUUGCGUGAUGAGUUUAACGCCGCUAUCUGCCCUCAGAAGGCAGAAGACGCAGAGGAGACGCCGCUCACUGAAAGCGCCGAUUUUGUUCUCGGAUGGGACUGUUGAUCAUGGUGACGAACUUUCGGCUACGUCGGUUUGGUCAUCGGAAGUAAUGUAGUCAUGUCGUGUCCCGGAUUUAAUGGACUGAUAAUAUCAAUUGUAUACCUCA